AGGAGUGCCAGGGUAUUUAAUAAUAUUCAGAUAUUAUUUAUGCAUUGGGAUGGAUGGACUUGCUGAGUUUGAAAUUGAGAGAACUGUUUCCGGGUUUGCUCAUUAUCCUUUGUUCUUUGUUUUCCCUGGACUUCUGCGGGAAGUUGUUGACGUGUUUUUUUUUAAAUUUCCCCCUCUUUUUGUUUUUCUCUCUCUCCCGUAUUCUCGUGUUGUUGUAAAUUAAACAGCGAGGCGCGCAGCUGCCAGGACCUAGCUGUUUCAGCCGACUGCCGGAGGAGAUAUGGAGCCGCUGAAAAUCGAGUGGAUCGGUUCUCCCUGCGGCUCCCACGGACCCUGUACUUUCUACAGGGCUUUCAGCUUGCCGGAGCCCGGCUCCUCCGGCCAAGGGAAGGCGCCGAGGACGCUGACGGCCAGGCUCGGCCAAUUCCUCUUUGUCAGAUGCCAGCCCCAUGAGCCCGAAUGCAUCGCCGAGCUGCAACUCUUGUGGGAGGACCGCAGCCGCCAGCAGCUGCUGGCCAGCACCAGGCUCUACUUCAGCCCGGAGGAUACCCCGCAAGGACGCAACCUGCACCACGGUCAGGAUGAGGUAAUUGCAGUUUCCAAAAAGGUAAUUAUCCGGCUGCAAGAUCUGGCGAAAUGGGUCUGUACCAAGACUUCACAAUGGGCUACAAAUGCACAGGAAUCCAAACCUGACACUAUGAACUUGGACAGCAGUGAAGACAAUGAGGAUUCUGAACUGCACGCCAGCCCACCAUCAGACUGCCACCUCACCUCAAAUGUGGGAAAUGAAUGUGAACAUUCAGAUCCUGCAGUUGACCAAGAUUCUGAAGCAGCUAUAUUGCUGGAAGAGCUAAGCAUAAAAGAAAUAGAUGGGCAAGGAAUUUUGAGGUAUAAAGAUGAUCUACCACAAGUUAAAAUACUGAGCUACCCCCAGUAUUGCCGUUAUCGGGCCAUUCGAAAGAGAAUUCAGAAAGCUUCAGCCAGGUGUGUCGAUGAAGCACAGUUGCUGGCCCUCGGAGGCAUCCUUUUGAUGAAUCAGAAUACCAAGAUUCUUUAUUGUCGAGAAACAUUUGAACACCCGACACUGGGAAAUAACAUGUCUAUUUGUGAUGAGUUUGCACCUCGUGUUUUGACACGUACUUCAGCCGGGAGGGUGGUGCGCACGAGACUGCAAAUCACUGCGCGGCCGCAGUCACUCACGUUACUGCAUUAUCAGCUGACAGGAGCAACCGACCUCAAAGGGCGAAGUCGAAAGAAGAAGCCCAGGAUUACAAAGGGCGACGAGAGCCCCUCGCGAGAAAGCCGACAGCCCAGCCAGUCGGAUGCCAAGGAAGAAAAGGAUAAAGUUGAAUCAGAAAAUAUGGCAGCUGGAAAUGGACAAGCUUAUCAGCCUGACAAUCCAAGUGAGCUGCUUUCUGCAGAGCAACACUUCCUAAAGGCUUUGCACAGCUUCAUGUGUGAUCGCAAUACUCCCAUUGCCAGAAUACCACACCUGGGCUUCAAGAAAAUUGAUCUGUUUGUAAUGUUCACUGUAACACAGCGCCUGGGAGGAUAUGAUGCGGUAACCGCUCGCAGGCUGUGGAAGCAUAUUUAUGAUGAGCUGGGUGGUAACCCAGGGAGCACUAGUGCUGCCACUUGUACCAGGAGACACUACGAGAGGCUUAUCCUUCCAUACGAACGCUACCUCAAAGGGGAGGAGCACAAACCACUGCCACCAGCCAAGCCGCGCAAGCACACUACGAGCACGUCUGAGGACUCUGAGAAAGAUGUUAAAACUAAAAACGGGGAGCUGAACGUGAAAGUGAAGAAAGGUCCAGAUGUGACUCAGAUGUUUGAGAAGGAGGAUAAGCAACCAAGCGGUGAGAAAUGCCAGGAGAACAGACAAAGGACUAUCACUGCUCAACACUUAAAUACUCAGGACAACUCCCAAGACAAACAGAUGCAAACACUAAAAUGUAAAAGGGAAGACAAUGUUGCGUCGAAUGUAGAGGAAUGUUCUGGAAGCAAGACUUGCCCUCCCACAGGACAGAACGCAAGUGAGAAACCGGAGGCCAAAACAUUUCGAAUACACGAACACAAAAUAAAACACCAGGAAAAUCGAGAGUGUCCAAAUGUGGGGAAGAAACAGAAGUCACCCCUCCACCCUCAGGACUUGUCCGGUGGCCCCAGUGUUAAACAGAAUCUGCACGUGGGCACAGAGGGCAGUAAACCCAUCUUUCAGUCUGCAGUGUUCCAACAUCUUCCCUCUGGAAUAUUGAACUUCCAGUUGCCGGAGGGCAUUUCGCCUCUUGAUGUUCUCAAAAGCCGGCUUGGUUUGGCCACAUCCAAGGAUCUAUCCAAACCUACUUUGCACAGGCACCUCAAGGCAGAACAGUCCCAGGGCAUUGCAUCAAAUGGUCAAAAGAUCAAAGUCUGCACCACAUCUCUGCGAGAGCCUGGAGUGCAGCGUGUGGCAGGACUUGUGCAAAAAGAAUCUAAAGGUGUCCCUCAGCCAGCAAAGAGGCUUAGUUUCGAACAACUGAAUGGAAUUCGACCGGUGAAGGGAAAUUCAUCUACGCCACCCUCAAUAAAUAAUUCAAGUACAGUCAAACAUUCCAAAGCAGAGCAUGAACUGAACUUGAGACCACUGGGUCUACGUGUAGGUAAUGGCAGUGGAGCUUUGCUGGGUCACCCGAUGAAGUUGGGUUUGGUAGAAGAAGGUUUGAAUUUGAGCAAAUCCAAGGACUGCAGCUAUAUAUAUGAUCCUAAUGGGCAACUGUAUGAGAUUUUACCUCAGAAUUUGUCUAACAAACAGUUACCACCAAAGUGUGAGCCUUCUAUACGGUACAGGGAGCAGUCCUCUCCACUGAACCUCAGCAAGUCAAAUAAGGGCUCAUCCGGAAAGAGAAUUUCUGAAUUCAUGGACGCAUCAGUCUGUGUAUCACAGAAGGGUACUUCCGUUUAUCCAAUUCCCCCGUUUCUGCAAAAUCUUUGUGAGAACAGGGAGAGCCAUAAGAAAAACGAGCAACCAAUCAAGAAGCUGCGACUAGAUUCCUGUUACACCGAGGGGAUUGGCCAGGGAAGAGACUCUACUCACUCAGAUCAUAGCUCUGGUGUGGAGUCACUUAGCUCAUCGCCCCUGAGCCUAGGUUCUGGAGUUACGUCUGAUGAUAUGCCCACGGACUUAAGUCUGCCAAAAUACCCUAAGACCCAGAAGCCAGAUCAUUCUGCAAUCAAUAACGAGAGCCCUCAGGACAAAAGAGCUGGUUCUGACUCUGAGGCAAAAGGGAAGCACUUGACAGAUCCACCUAAAUUGCCUUCAUUUCCUGCUGUAUCGGAAGCAACCACUCCCCUGGAUGGUAUUUGGACAGCUCCGGCAAAGAGUGAUCUUCAUGUGCCUUCUGGAACAUCCGUAAAUUUAGACCAAGCAAAGAGCUGUCAAGAUGAAUCUCCAAACAACACUGAAAGGAGACAGUUCUCUUUCAGCAGCAUGGUACCAGCUGAGCAAAGCUGUCCUCCAGCCCGCCUGGAAGAGCCGAGGAAAGAGAACGAAGAGCCACCGAGAAAGAAGCCACUAAUGUCUAACUUGGCCAAAGUUGGCCACGAUAAAAAGCCUCUGAAGUACCAAGAAUCAGAUCUGUCCAAUCAUCAGGAUUUGUCCUCGAGUGGUGACGAGGAUAACAAGAAAGGGGCACUCCCGGGCUCCUACCUGAAUGGAACCUCUUGCCCAGACCUUCAGAACGUGGCGGAAAAAUUUGGAGCCCAUUUUCAGUUGGUUGAUUUGAAUAAAAACGCUGAGGAGGAAGGCAAGUCUGAUUCGGUUGUGGUGCCAGUAUUAUCCUCGGGCCUACCUGUUUCACGAGUUAUGGUUCCAGGCCCUGUGCAGCAUCGACAGCUGCUGUCUUCCCACUCACAGCAAAUGUACAGCCACCUCCUGCGAACCUCGGUGCUGCCUUACGAUGAGGUGGUAAUGCGCAGACUGUCUUCCAGCCCGUCAGCGCUCUCUCCCUCUCACCUGUCUACUGUUUACCCCGAGAAGCGAAUGUGAUCGGCUUUGUCCGACGUCCAUCUGUCAUAUAGCUCUCAAAUGCUGUCUUCAAUAUACAGGACUGCACCUGCACUUGGUAUACCUACCUUUUAUUUGGUGAAAUAAUGUAGUGUUAAAAUUACUUCCUUUCCUACCUCUCCAAAUUUCUUUAAGCAACAAAUCUCCUGUCUGAGAGGGAAGGACGUUAAGCAACCUUCAGCCUUGCAUCCUGGCCACUCUGAACUAGCAGUGAGAGGCUACAUGAAAUGAUCUGGUGACAUUCUGAUUUAUUUUUCUGUCCUCUCACUUUGUGGGGAAGAGCGAGUCCUACCUUGCGGCUCUGUCGAGGACAUCUGACGGUCGUUGUGCUACUGCGUUGAAGCUUGUGGGAGUUUGAGUCUGGGUGGCCUUGUAGGAGCAACUGAUCUGGCAUUGAUUGUCCAGUCUCCUCAAGACUGUCAGACUUUGAACACGAAAAUGCUUCCUUUAAAGAAAAAAUACAAAUAAUACUACUGUUAAUACAUGUUUGGCAGAGAGAAAAUUGGGAGUUGUACUCAGGGAGGGAUUUGUAGAAUAACCUGCUCUCACAGGCUUAUUGAAUGGAAUUAUAAACUUCACUGUUCCAUGGUCUUGAGUGCCCUAGGGUUGGAAAUGUAAAACAUUGCAAUUUGUCACCACUGUGAUGGAGUAUUUGCCUAUGUGUGAACAAUGGACGAAUCUUCUGAAAGAUACUGUGAAGUAACACAUGUUAUGGUCCAAGGUGCUCCUCAAGGAUUUGAGAGUAGGAAGCCCUCAGACCUGCUCUCAGUAAGAAGGAAUCCCUUUGCAAGGGCCAGCCUCUUCCAAUCCUUCUGUGUACCCUUGUGGUCCAGAUUACAGAAAGUUGAUGUGGAUUUUUUGUAUUGUUGACGUGCCUGCUGUUGCACACACAUGACUACUAUAUAGUGUGGAUCUCUGAUUAGGUCAACUUAGAUUUGCCAAAGAAGACAACUUGACCUUAACCAGAAACUGAUCUUAUCAGGGAUACUUGUUCAAUUCUGUAUGUCCUUUGCUUCGUGGAAUUUCCUUGUUUAUUGAUUGUACAUGGGUAGACACCAUGGAGAGAAAGGAAAAAGAGAGAAAGGUUCUCUUGGUUUGUCUAGAGCAUUUUUCCAAAGUUUUAAGAUGUGCUUGCCCAUUGGAAAGGAAUACUCCUGUUCCUGGAAUAUAUGUAUAGAUGGUGUGCAAAUGACAUUGAACCUUUUCUAGAAAAGUUGUCCAAUGUAUUGGUGUAGCAGAGUGUGUAAAAUGAAAUUGAAUCAUCACAUUAAAAAGUGACUUCAGGACAUGCAGGACAGAAAAUGCACUGGGUCAAUUUGAACAAAGCAUCAAAGAAACAGUAUGGAGUCUUGUCAGAUUUGAUAUUUUUCCAACACACAUCAUCUGAUACCACCUCUUCAAGCUAUUGGAAACCGGAAUUGGACUCUUGAACCAUUAGACACUGCCUUUUACUUUCAGAGUUGGCCUUGUGCAGCAGAUUAACUUUUUAAUUCAAUACAAUCCAUUUAAAUACUAACUUCAUCUAACUGCAGUUUCUAAAUGUUUAAUUUGCAGAGCUGAAUUUAAAUUACUUUCUGCAAACUCUGGCAAUAGAGGUACAGUAAUGAUUCCCUCAGGUACUUGCAGCUCAUUGCACCUAUUAAAUUAUCAAAGCAAAAUCAUUUGUCAUUUCCAAUGGCAGAAAGUUCUACUUGUCAGCACUGAGGUAUUUACAUUGUACUUCAAGACUGUUCUUCAAAGUAGUUUUAGAAUAGCAGACACCUGUGUUAUUACUAGACUAAAUAUCGUUUUGUUUUAAUACUGUCAGCUUUUAAAAUGAUCAGUGGCUCGUUUAAAAAAUUGUGUGCUGCAAGGAUAAAUUUUUUAGACCAGCUAAAUGGAUAUACUCUGGGAAAUUUUGGAAAGAAGCAACUAAAAGGAUAAGAUACUUUGUGUAAACUGCUUAGCAAUGUGUCUGCCAUCCUCUGGGAUAUUUCUAGAUACAAGUACUGUAUGUAUAGCUGAAAAUAGUCAGCUAUCCUGUGUGGAUCUUGUUUGCCCAGCUACUCUUUAAGGAGUUGUGGAUCAAAGAUAAUAAUAUAAGAUAUAGAUUUCAUUCUCGUGUACAAAUGACACUAGGAUUUGCUUGCGGUUUAUGUUAGUUGUCCCUUCUCUGCUGGUUACUUUUUCAAAGAAUUGAAGUGUACAUAGUUACAUUUUUAAGAGUUCACUAGGCAUGUUACUCAGUUACAAAUUUGGACUGAGAUGCUGAAAAGAAGAAACACUUCGAAAUGGUCACUAACAUUAUCAUUAUUUAUUUAGCAGUAACUCCCCCCCGCCCCCCACCCCAAGUUCUGUUUUAAAAGGUUAGCUAUUAUUUGUGAUGUGGUUACAUUUUUUUGCUGUCAGAUUUAGAAAUCCUCUCCACUGAAUAAUCAUUGAAUUUUAUUUUAUAUUGGACUGAAAAGUUUUUAAAGAACCAAUCUUGGAACUAUCAAAAGUCUUGAUUUGUGGUGAUUGUAAUCCAAACACUCACAUUCCUGAUGCCCUUUUUCAUUCUUUCAAUCCCAAACAGAAUUGAAAAUUGCACAAAAAAGGGUUUAGUAAUUUAGAAAAGUGUGCAAAGUAGGUUUAACUCCUUACCUUUAUUAACUAGGUGAAUUGUUAUGAUCAAACCACACUAUAGGCAACAGUUUUAAAACUCAAAUUUUAUUGUUGCUAACACUUUUGGUGCAGACAGCCAAGCAGUCUAAGGCCUAUAUUUAUAUGAUGGAGUUUGUUAUAUUCCUUUUUUUUAAACCAAUUUCUAAUUAUUCCUGGCUGCGUUCAGUAGGGAAAGGCUUUGUUCUAAUAUUCUCAGGUGUAGCUAUUUGGCAGGAAUUAGCACAGUGGCAGAAUUGGAGUUGUGAAACCACAUUUCAACAUGCUCUGUCACACAGUAAGUUGUGAAUAAAAUGAGUACACAAAUGCAAAUCUCCCCUCACUGAGGUGCAGAUAAUUUAGAUGUAUGACCACAGAUUUCUUCAUGGUACAUGUUGAGUCAAUAGAUUUCCAAAAUUGCUUUUGAACCCUUGUGUGUAAUGAAUGGUUCCAAAGCUAACCUCUUAAAUCUUGAACCUUGUUCUUUUCCCAAAUUAAAUAGAUCUCUGUGCUCUGAGGGCAAACUGAAAUUUCAUAUUUUCCAGCCUUGCUGCCAUCAGGCAGGUCUCUGUUCUUACUCAGUACAAAAUGCACAGUAAGCUGGCCAGUAUUAUCUACCAGUGGAUUCUAUUCCAACCCUUGUUUUAAGUUGUGUUGCAGCUCUGCUCAACUAAUUAUCCAAAUUAUGUAAAAUAUUAUAACAAUGACCUAUCAGUUAUGCUGGAUAAUUAUACAGUAUUUCGCUGGCCAUUGAAUAAGUUAUUCUGUCAAGUGCAAGGGAGGGAGAGCAAAUGUGUUGAAUUAGACAUACAGGUACGUUGUGCUCUUUUGCACUAAUAUAUUCCAUUGGAUGCAAGUUGUCCUCAAUUCUGUCGGUGUGAUAAUUGUGUCUUUCUAAUUUUGUACUUGUGGUACAGUACAUUGAAAAGAAAAACGGAGUUAACUUUAGGUGCAGGUUUGCUUUAAACUGCCAGGUGCUAUAGGCACAAGAAUUGCUAAUGUACUUGUCCACUUGUGCUGUUAAAUGGUAAAUUCCUGAUUUAAAAUAGUGCAUACAGUUUAACAAGACAUACAAGCCCAACCAGAAUCUCAAUUGUUUGAAUUGACGGAUCAGAAACUGAGUCAUUAGGAGUUUUCUGCUGUGAAUGACAGCUUGAAACUUGUUGCGUUUUGCCUCACUUGACUUGAGAAAUACGGAUAAAUGUUCUUUUAUGUUAGAGUGAUCAACACAAUGAAAUUGAAUAUCACAUAGCUCAAUCUCACUUCAUCAAAACCAACCAUGAUUGUUUGCCAAAACCAGCUGCUAUGAACUAUCGCAAUAACAUGCGCCAUUCCCUUCACUCGUCCUUACUCCCUCCCCAAUUUCAGUUGAUUGGGAAAUUAGCCUCUUGGCAAUAGUUUUCAAUGAAGUGCUUUAAUCUGGCCUGGUGAAAGUUCGUGUAUGACUAACAAAUAACCUUGAUUAAAAAUCUGUUUGCAUUGUUCUGCUGCUAAAUGCUUGUCCAUAGUAUCUUACAGAGGCUGGUCUGGACAUUCACAUAUGUUCAAACAUUGUGAUCUCAAACCACUUUACAGCUGACUUUAUUUCUCACUUUAUUCAGUAUAAUUUCUGGUGGCUCACCCAGUUUUUCAUGUCAUACAAUGGAAGAGCCCUGUUAGAUUUGAAUGAAGUUAGAGAAGAUGCACAGGAAUCCAGUCAUUAAUUUUUCUGUUCCUGCCCUUCACUAUUUCUCAAGUGUUGUAGGUAAGUUUCCAGUUUUGGCUGGAACUUCGAUAGGGUGACCAUUGAGCAACUGAAGUGUUUAUCACUCCCUGAGUGCCAUGGGCUCUGAGGUCACCACUUUUAUCCAGUGCAUCUGUCUCAGGUACAAAUACAGGUUGUUUUUGUUACAACACUGUUAAUUCGUGGGAUUAUUUGAAGCCCAUUAAGUAGUAAGGACCUGUAGCUUCUGGAAUCCUUCUUUAGUCAUUCUGAUUUUCCAAAUAGUGAAGCCAUAGAUAAUAGAACGAGCAAAUAAUUAGAAUGAAAAAUAUGUGGCCUGCAUCACAUGUAGCCAUGGCUCUGCAUUUCUAAAAACUAGUUAACAAUAUUUAUACAGUGGCAUGCAAAAGUUUGGGCACCCCGGUCAAAAUUUCUGUUACUGUGAAUAGUUAAGUGAGUAGAAGAGAACUGAUCUCCAAACAUCAUAAAAUUAAAGAUGAAAAAUUCUUUACAACAUUUUAAGCAAGAUUAGUGUAUUAUUUUUGUUUUGUACAAUUUUAGAGUGGGGGGGGGAUAAAAAGGAAAGGAGCACCAUGCAAAAGUUUGGGCACCCCAAGAGAUUUGAGCUCUCAGAUAACUUUUACCAAGGUCUCAGACCUUAAUUAGCUUGUUAGGGCUAUGGCUUGUUCACAGUCACCGUUAGGAAAGGCCAGAUGAUGCAAUAUAAACAUCAUCAAAAACCUUUGUAUAGACCUCAAAAGAACAAUACGUGCAAGACGACCCAAGAAUCUCACAGAACACAGAACUAGAAGCCUUUUUGCAAGGAAAAAUGGGCGAAAAUCCCCCAAACGAGAAUUGAAAGUCUCUUAGCUGGCUACAGAACGUGUUUACAAGCUGUGAUACUUGCCAAAGGGGGGGUGUUACUAAUUGCUGACUAUGCAGGGUGCCCAAAUUUUUGCUUCGGGCCCUUUUCCCUUUUGUUGUUUUAAAACUGUAAAAGAUGGAAAUAAAAAAGUAAUCUUAAAAUAUUAAAGAAAUGUGUCAUCUUUAACUUUAUGCCUUUUGGAAAUCAGGUCAUAUUUUACUUGCUUAGCUAGUCACAGUAACAGAAAUUUUGACCAGGGGUACCCAGACUUUUGCCUGCCUCUGUAAGACAUGUGAAUUAACCUUUUGUUCAUACUGGAUUGGGGAAUACUGUGGAUUGAUAAAUGCUAUUUUCACUAAAUGCUGUCAAAUGCACUGCUUCUGAAAUCUUGACACUUGUCUUUCCUUGACUUUCAAAUAAAGAAAUGUACUGUAUAUAAUGGGAGCAUGUAUGGAGGACAGCAUCCUUUGGAAUAUUUCCUUAGGAACUGUGCGAAUCUUCAAAGUAUUUUUGUAUAAUAUUCUGAUAGUUUGUAAGAUGUGUUGCUUAUAUUUUCACACUACGUUAUACAGAUAACUUUGAUAAAAAAAAUAUUUACGGUUCGAUUACUAACUGAUUUCUUUUUGUAUGAUUUCUUCUUUUCCAGUAUAAUGUAAUCGUAUUAAAAAUUAUAAAGAUA